AUGAGUAUUAUUCUAUUCAUUUUAUCAAUUUUUUUAUUACAACAGUUUGCUGUCGGCCAAUUGUCAUCAGAUUCUGAGUUUUCAAUAAACGUUAGGUCUUCUGCAAGUCGCUUAAAGGCGUAUAAUAGCAGACAUUCAGAAUCGAACGAUUUCGUCUUCAAUGAUCAAUCAGUACCGGUUAAUCCUGAACGUAUGGAAGAAGUGACUGGAGGAGAUGAAAGCUCUCUCCUAACGCAAUAUCGGGUAAAAAGAGGUCGUGGUGGCUCAAGAAAAAGUGGUGGCAGCGAACAUACAAAAAAUGCUCGUCCAUCAACUCAAGGAAAACAUGAAAAAGGUCAAUCAAGAAAAGCAUCAGAUAAAAAGGGAGGAGAAAAAGGUGAUGCAAGACGUCCGUACGGAAAGUGA